AUGACUUUUCUCGGACCGCUCCUCGAUACUCUUUCGAUAAGCCUUUCGUCUGAGCAUUCAAACGAUCUGGCUUCUUCUGUGACGCCUUGCCUAUUUGCUAAAUCAGAUAUAGUGCGGUCAUCGGCGGCUGAGGCGCUGUGUGCUGUCGCACGUCGCCUUGCUGAGCCGGAGGCGCUAACUAGCCUCGUGUUUGAAAGGCUUAUCGGUCCCGAGGGUCGACAAGCUGCUCUAGACGCUCGUCUCGGUUGUCUUACUAGUCUGGGCCGAUUAGCUGGACAACUUGCUUCAAAAACAAAUAUCUUUUCUUUUUCCGGCUCUGAAAAAGCUGUAACAUUAAUAGUUGCUCUGUUUGUCGACUUCCUUACUCAGGAAAAACGCUUGCCUGAUGAACUCUAA